AUGAGCCCAGGUGGACAACACGAGAUUGGUGGUCCAAGUGAUCCCUCAGAUAACUCGGCCUCAUCAAUCAAGACCAUCACCCCAAACGGAGACCUGAUUCUUGAGUACAUUGCAUCUAGUGACACUACGUCACCCGUUAGUCGCAAAUGGCAGGUGGCAAGCCAGCUUCUUGCGUCCAACAGUCCAUAUUUCCAAGCAUUGUUGGAUCCUGCAAAAUUCUCGGAGGGCAGGAAAUUCAAUUCUGAAAAACAAGCCUGGGAUGAAGCCCAAGAUCCCAACGUUGUCUCGCAGCAUGCGCUGCCAACAGUCACACUACCUGGCAUCCAGCCGACCAUGAUGUGCGGAGAAGAUGCUAUCGAAUUAUUCUUGCGGAUUCUGUGCCUCGAGUCUACCGAAGAAGCGGAAACUGCGAAUUUUGAAAAUCGUCUGAAACUCCAGUCCACUUCCCUGGUUGCAAGGCUAAUCGACCUUGCCGAUUCAUUCAAUUCCCCCCGCAUUGUGCAGCAUAUCCUGCGGCGGGUUGGAUACUCGUAUGGAAAGGGAAGAUCUGCACCUCUUACCAAAUUUAAUUCUGCCCUAUUGUCUAGCAAGGAAGACAGGAUUCGGCAGAUUAUCUUUAUAUCCAUCUUCCUAGGUGAAAUUAGAGUCACAAGAGUUACCACCCACACCUUGAUUAUUAUGGGCUCCAGAUUCUGGGUGAAUGGACUGGAAAGUCCAGAGAAUGAAAUCUUGCGCUGGAAAUACUUGCCACAUGGGCUUGAAGAGGAAAUCUACCAUCGACGUCAGUUGGUUCUGAACACAAUAACCGACAUACAGGCCCAUUUCCUUCGUAUGUAUGGGGGAAUGGAGGACUCGGAAAACACAAAGACAACUGCCAAUAGAACGCUAGGCGCGGCAUUCACAACAUCUGCUCCUGCGCUUCUCCACUCUCGCCAAUUUCAAUGCAGAGGCGGAUUCAACAAUGCUAGCCAAUGUGACCUUUUCCAACUAGGUCAGAUGAUCCGAUUCUUUUCAGUGCGGGCAAAGACAAUAUUUCUGGGCUCGACAUUGAUAGAUCCCGAUUUCAGCGCGACUUCCGAGGAUGAGCACACAUUGAGUGAAAGCAAGAACGACCAGUCUCCCGGUCCACCCUCAGAUAUCACCGCUAUCAUUUCCUAUCUCAAAAAAUACCCCGACUAUCCAAUUGACGAGGCUCACACUGGGUGUGGUGUUCGACGUCGAAUCAUGCCCGCCUUGGAAUGUGUUGAAAAAUUUGCCUGGGAUGAUCGAGGCUUACUUGGAAUUACACCUGAAACCCCCGCCUUUUCUGCAUUGGAUGUUUCCCCGUCAUCGAACUGGACUCCAUGGGCUGAUUUAAUGCACCGGAAACACUCUGUCGAUAUCGCUUUCGCGAGAGUCACCGCUGUCUACCACCCUUCUGCGCCAUCGAAGAAUGUUGGUCGGAACAUGUCACAAGAUGACCUUGCUCGGAUGUUGUUUACUGCUGCGAAAAGAGAUUGGAGUGCAGCUGGCGCCGUGUGA